CGGCCCUGGCCGCUCCGCUACUCCCGCCGCGCGUCCCGUGCCGGUCCGCCCGUCUUCCUGCCGCCCCGGCCCCCGCCUGGCUUCUUUGUGCGGCGCCGCGGGCCGACCGGUCCCACCUCCGGGCCUCUCCCCUUGCCGCGGCCGCCGCGGGACUCUGCGCGGGGGAAUGGUCUGCGGGCCGAGUUUGCGGAGACAGGAAGUGAGGCGUGCGAGCCCCAUGAGCGCGCCGCGGCGCGGGCUGGCUUGCGGGCGCGGCUGCGGCGGCCGCGCGGCGGGGCCCCGGGAGGCGGGCCGCUGAACGGGGCGCGCGGCCCCGAGGAUGCGGGAGCGGGAGCAGGACUGGCGUGGGUGCUCCCAUCACCUGGUCUUUGGAGACUCAGUUGUUAUUUAAUGGCGGCAGCAGCUGCUGGGUGAGCAGCCGGAGACUGUACAGUACUCCUCCCAACAGGACAGGAUCACUUUCUCCCGCCAUCAUCACCACUGGAUUGGUGGCGGUGCUUUUCCCUUUUCACCUCUCCACUCUUGAAGGGAGAAGAAGAUGCCACUGCCAUUUGGAUUGAAACUAAAACGCACCCGGCGCUACACGGUAUCCAGCAAGAGUUGCCUGGUUGCUCGGAUCCAGCUGCUCAACAACGAGUUUGUGGAGUUCACACUGUCGGUGGAGAGCACUGGCCAGGAGAGCCUGGAGGCUGUGGCCCAAAGACUGGAGCUGCGGGAGAUCACUUACUUCAGCCUCUGGUACUACAACAAGCAAAACCAGCGCCGGUGGGUGGAUUUGGAAAAACCUCUCAAGAAGCAGCUGGAUAAAUAUGCAUUGGAACCUACUGUCUAUUUUGGAGUCGUGUUUUAUGUGCCUUCAGUUUCACAGCUGCAGCAGGAGAUUACCAGGUAUCAGUAUUAUCUUCAGCUGAAGAAAGAUAUCUUGGAAGGAAACAUUCCCUGUACAUUAGAACAAGCAAUUCAGCUAGCAGGUUUAGCUGUUCAAGCUGAUUUUGGUGACUUUGAUCAGUAUGAAUCCCAGGACUUUCUUCAGAAAUUUGCCUUGCUUCCUGUGGAGUGGUUACAAGAUGAAAAAGUAUUGGAAGAAGCAACCCAAAAAGUGGCCUUACUGCAUCAGAAAUACAGAGGGCUCACCGCUCCUGAUGCUGAAAUGCUCUACAUGCAAGAGGUAGAGAGAAUGGAUGGCUACGGAGAAGAGAGCUACCCUGCCAAGGACAGCCAGGGCAGCGACAUAUCCAUCGGAGCGUGCCUCGAAGGUAUCUUUGUGAAACAUAAGAAUGGAAGGCCUCCUGUGGUAUUCAGGUGGCAUGAUAUUGCUAACAUGUCCCACAAUAAGUCCUUUUUUGCAUUAGAGCUGGCAAACAAAGAGGAGACCAUCCAGUUUCAGACUGAAGACCUGGAAACAGCGAAAUACGUGUGGAGACUCUGCGUUGCGCGACACAAAUUUUACCGACUGAAUCAGUGUAGCCUGCAAACUCAGCCCGUCAUAGUGAACCCAAUUAGGAGGAGGUCUUCCUCAAGGAUGUCUCUGCCUAAACCCCAGCCCUAUGUGAUGGCUCCCCCGCCCCAGCUGCAUUAUAACGGACACUAUACAGAACCAUACACUUCUUCCCAAGAUAACCUCUUUGUGACCAAUCAGAAUGGAUACUACUGUCACUCUCAGACAAGUCUGGAUCGAGCCCAGAUAGACCUCAGCGGUCGGAUCCGGAACGGCAGUGUCUACAGUGCCCAAAGCACCAACUCCUUAAAUAACCCACAGCCCUACCUGCAGCCCUCACCCAUGUCCUCGAACCCGAGCAUCACCGGGAGCGACGUCAUGCGGCCGGACUACGUCCCGUCGCACCGGCACAGUGCCCUGAUCCCCCCGUCCUACCGCCCGACCCCAGACUACGAGACUGUGAUGAAGCAGCUGCGCAGAGGGCUGGCUCCCGCCGAGAGACAGAGCCACUCGCUGAGAAACCUCAACAUCGGCAACUCCUACGCGUACAGCAGGCCCGAUGCCCUGGUCUACAGCCAGCCGGAGAUUCGCGAGCACGCCCACUUCACCUCUCCCCAGUCUGCCCACUAUCCAUUCAGUCUGAAUUACAGUUUCCACAGCCAGGCUCCUUACCCUUACCCCGUGGAGAGGCGGCCGGUGGUGGGUGCCGUCAGCGUGCCCGAGCUGACCAACGUGCAGCUCCAGGCCCAGGAGUACCCAGCUCCCAACAUCAUGAGAACGCAGGUGUACCGGCCCCCGCCCCCUUACCCGUACCCUAGGCCCGCCAACAGCACCCCAGACCUGUCCCGCCACCUCUACAUCAGCAGCAGCAACCCGGAUCUCAUCACCAGGCGGGUCCAUCACUCGGUGCAGACGUUCCAGGAGGACAGCCUGCCGGUGGCGCACUCCCUCCAGGAGGUCAGCGAGCCCCUCACCUCCGCCCGGCACGCCCAGCUCCAGAAGAGGAACAGCAUCGAGAUCGCCGGGCUGACCCACGGCUUGGACGGCCUGCGGCUCAAGGAGAGGACCAUGUCGGCGUCGGCAGCGGACGUGGCCCCGCGGGCCGUCUCGGCGGGCUCCCAGCCAAACGUCGUCAUCGAAAGAACAAAGCGAGAGGAGCCAGAUGAGCAGGAAAGCCUGAGAUACGGCCACAAAAAGUCUCUCUCUGACGCCACCAUGCUGAUACACAGCAGCGAGGAGGAGGAGGAGGAGGAGGAAGAGGAGGAGGAGGACCCGGAGGAGGAGCCCAGCGCGCGAGCGCAUCCCUCGCCCCCGGUGCCUGAGCCCCGGGCGGCCUACUCCCAGGAAGCCCCGCCCAGCUGCCCCCGCGCCCCGGGGCCCCUGCACAUCCUGGAGCCCCAGUCCCACGUCCCCGAGGCCGAGCGGAGGGGGAGGGACGGCAGCCCCGUCCACGUGCGGGCCGACGCCCAGCGGCCCAGGAGGGACGGGCUGCUGACACCCUCCAUGUCCGAGUCCGACCUGACCACGUCCGGGAGGUACCGCGCCCGGAGGGACUCGCUGAAGAAACGGCCGGUGUCAGACCUCCUCUCGGGAAAGAAGAACAUCGUGGAGGGACUUCCGCCGUUAGGGGGAAUGAAAAAGAACCGAGUAGAUGCAAAAAAAAUUGGUCCUCUCAAGUUGGCUGCCUUAAAUGGACUCUCCCUGUCUCGACUGCCUCUGCCUGAUGAAGGAAGGGAAGUGCCUGCCAGAGCCACUAACGAUGAGAGGUGUAAAAUUCUGGAACAACGGUUAGAACAGGGAAUGGUAUUCACUGAAUACGAAAGAAUUCUUAAAAAACGGCUGGUCGACGGGGAGUGCUCGACUGCACGACUCCCUGAAAAUGCAGAAAGAAAUCGGUUCCAGGAUGUCCUUCCCUAUGACGAUGCCAGAGUGGAGCUGGUCCCAACCAAAGAAAACAACACUGGGUACAUCAAUGCAUCGCACAUCAAGGUCUCUGUCAGUGGAAUUGAAUGGGAUUAUAUUGCCACUCAGGGACCAUUACAAAAUACCUGUCAGGAUUUUUGGCAGAUGGUGUGGGAACAGGGGAUUGCAAUUAUAGCAAUGGUGACAGCAGAAGAGGAGGGUGGAAGGGAGAAGAGCUUUAGGUAUUGGCCACGCCUUGGUUCCCGGCACAACACGGUCACCUACGGAAGGUUUAAGAUCACCACCCGGUUCCGCACGGACUCGGGCUGCUACGCCACCACGGGCUUGAAGAUGAAGCACCUUCUCACAGGCCAGGAGAGGACAGUGUGGCAUCUCCAGUACACAGACUGGCCUGAGCAUGGCUGUCCAGAGGACCUGAAGGGAUUUCUUUCAUACCUUGAAGAGAUCCAGUCUGUUCGACGCCAUACAAAUAGUACAAGUGAACCAAAAAGCCCCAACCCUCCAUUGCUGGUCCACUGCAGUGCUGGAGUGGGACGGACUGGUGUUGUUAUUUUGUCAGAGAUCAUGAUCGCCUGCCUGGAACACAACGAGGUGCUGGACAUCCCACGGGUGCUGGACAUGCUGAGGCAACAGAGAAUGAUGAUGGUGCAGACCCUGUGCCAGUACACGUUCGUGUACCGAGUUCUCAUUCAGUUCCUGAAAAGCUCAAGGCUCAUCUAAGCUCCCACAGCUUCCUAAGGGGACCCGAUCAUGUGAAGCGUUUACAGCUGAAAAAAAAGUGCUUGCCUAACUCACGCUUUCUCCUCGACACUCGAUCCCUGCAGACACUCUGCCCCACGCGGAGCGCCACGUCGGACGUAAGUGAAGGCACGAAUGCCGGCGCGCAGAAGGACGUUCGCAGAGCGCGAGGCUGAAGAGGGAGGGGUUUAACCCGGGGAAGACGGGCAAGGAGGACUUUGUUCGAGGGCAUCGCCCUCCUCUGGUCUGUUGGAUUUGCAGUACUUGCACACAUUUGGAGAUUGUAUUUUUCUAGAGAAUUCUCCAUCUCUCUGAAGCGACGCUGGGCAAUUCUGGCAAUCAUUAAGGCGGAUAGGUUUCUAUCUUAAGCUAGUGUUUGGUAAUGGAAUUUUAUUUUAUGGCUAAAACAUUUGGGGUUUUCUUGUUGAGAAACUGAACUUUCCAUGAGGAUGAUCCCCAGAUACGAGUGGUUCCUAUAUAACUUUGUAUUUAAAACCACGUUAUUACCUUUUCUUAUUUUUAAAAAGUCUUGGGUACGCAACAGUUUAGCUACCAAACCCCAAACUACAAGAAUCUAAAAGUGUUAUUUUGAAGCAUAGAAAGCAUUUUUAUAUUCAGAAAAUUUUUUAUCCUAAAAAUUCUAUAUAUUUGUACCUUCUAUAUUUUCCAAACAAGAGUUCAGCUCAUCAAGGUACUGAAAUGAGCAAGUAAUGUAAGUUAAAGUUGGGAAUGAAGGCAUAUUAUUUAAAAUGUAUGAGAAUGAUUAGAUUCACUAUUUUUUCAGUAUUAUUCAUAAAUCCAAAUGAGUAUGAUUUCGUUGGUUGAAAAUGAAGUGAAAAACAAUUGCCUAAGAUGGUUUUAAGCACUUUUUUUGUGGAGAACAAUAAAUCUGAGUUGUUAAUAUAUGUGUUGCUUUAUAGAUGAAACAGUAACAACGGACAUGUUGAAAGUGUUUUGGAAGCGAUAAUAAGAGUAUGUACCAUGACUAGGACCAGAGUAAGUGCAGUGUAAACACAAGAUGGUAAAUGCAAGUUGCCUUCGACUUCACAAAAAUGCAGUAUUUAUAUUAUCAUUAAAAGAAGCCUUGAAGAGGCUUUAUUUUCUUUUGGUUGAAAGAAGGGAAGAGUUAGCAAUAGUCUCACCUAAUUUCCCAAAACCACUGCCCAGACUUAGGGGGCCACCAGAGAUGACUGUGGCAUUCAAGAUGUACUGGAAUUUUCGCUCCUCAGUCCCCUAGCUUUACCCCUCACCCCAGGUUGACUUUAGCUCCUCCCCUUUCCCACUUGGGCCCGUCUCCGUGGACAGGACCAGGCCAAAUUAAAGAGGAGAGUGUGGCCUUGGCCCCGGCUGGGAUGGCCUUGUCACGGUGGAGCUAAGGCGAUCAGAAGGACUAACUGGUAUAUUUAGCUGAGGAGCCAUCUCUUUCUUCCUUCUUGAAGCUGCUGCUCCAAAGCAUCAAAUCUAGGACUAUCUCCCCAAUAUCCUAGGGACAGUUCUGCCUCCCAUGUGAGCCCCUAAAGCAGUUUAACUCGUCACUGCUAAGUGUGUUGUUAACUGUGAGACAGGAUUUCCUUUAUACCGUGUGAAUCUGCCUAACUCUGACCCAGAAACCAACCACUUAAGCAGAAAUUCCGAAGAUAUUAAUGAAAAUGAAUAUUGAAAGUGGGCAUGUUUCUUGCUUGGGAACAAAGAAUUAAGGUUAAAUCUAAAAUUGUUUAAAGAACAAUAGACCCAAGUGUAAAUAUUCAGAAAGAGUUCCCCAGAAGAAUAAAGGAAGAAUUUUCCUUUAUUCCCCGCCUCCACAUCAUGUAAAAGACAGAAGCAUUUCUGAUGCUUUUUUCCUUCCAUGGUACCUUUUUUUAAAAAAAUGCUCUUCUGUCAGGUUUAAACAUUUUGAAGUGUUCCAUGGACAAGAACAUAUUGUAAAACAAAAAUCUAAAGAGUAAUAUAUGGUAUGCUUAUGUUCCUGUUGUAGUAAUUUGAUUAUAAGAAAAUUACUUAUGAGGGCGAAAUUACACUGUGUAAGUGUCACUCUUAAAACUCACAUGUUUGACAUAGCUUCUAAGACCCAUGUAAUUUUUUGUGUCCCUCUUGAAUUUUUAAACUUAAUUAACAGUUAGUGAGUAUGAAAUUAUUUCUGAAUAAAAAUAAAUCUACAUGCCUGAA